AAAGUUCUUCUAGAAUCUUUGGCACUAAGUCGCACAAAUCAUACAGAUUUUCAUCCGUAUUUAUCGGUGGAAGACGGCGCAUCAAAUCCAUUUACUUCGUUAUUUAAUGCUAGUCUUAACUUCUGAAGCCCCUUUUUCUGUCAUGUUUAUACUUUAGUUCUGAUAUCUCUCAUAAUAAGCAACAUGAUUACCGGCUCGAAAUAUUUGGGCCUUUUGUGCCGUCUACUUGCACACGCACGUAAUUCUGAAAAUACUAUACACAAACAAACGCCUACCCGAUUUUUGUAUAAAUUGCAUUUCCGACUUAACUACGCAACACUAUGCCUGUCUCGCAGCUAUUGCGUGCCAGGCACUCACCAUCCUUCUAAGCGCUCGUCCAAUAGGGUAAGGGGUAAAUUGGCUCCUAUCGAAAACCCUGAGCGCGCACACAGUGAUAACGAUUUACAUACUGAUCUAUGCUUGCAUGACAAUAAAAAAGUUGAAAAAGUUGUUGAGCCGGUGGAAGAAUGGAUAUCGGAGGCUGGGCGUAGAGAGCUGUCCCAAACUAGCGAAAAUGUCACGAUAGGCAAAAUCGACCUCUUGCCAGAAGACAGAAUUUUAACGCUUUUGUUUACAUGUAAAAUAUGUGGGAAAAGAUCUGCCCGCCAGUUUUCCAAUCUUUCAUACACCAAGGGGGUCGUCAUCAUACAAUGCCCUGGCUGCAAUAAGUAUCAUUUGAUUGCUGACAAUCUGGGCUGGUUUAAAUUUGGCAAAAAUGUCGAGGAAAUGAUAAAAGAUGAAGGAACACUCGAGCGACUGACUUACUCAUCGCUGGCUGAUAUUCCACCUGAUUUGAGAAGCUUAGUGGAAGAAGCUCAGGCCGCUCGGCAGAAAGGCAUCAAAGCUCGGGAAGAACGGAGAAAAAAUAUCAAAAAAUGAGUUUUAAAAUAGUUAUUGUAAUCGUCACUUUGGUAUUCGGUCAAUCGCUAUUCGUAAAUCUGUAAGCUAUGGUGAAUAAAAAAAAUAUUGAAGUAAACAAAUUUUACUUGCAUGUUUAGCAUUUUCAAUAGCCCAUGUUUUUUACCGGGAAGAAAAUAUGCCUCAAGAACUCUAAUUCGAGCACAGCAAGCGCUAUUAUCAACCAUAGCCGUAAAUCUAGAGAAGAAAGAGAAAAACAGCGAAAACGGCUUUUCCUAAUAAAACUCGUACAAUAUCAUUGGAGGAUUUCUUUAUCGAUAAUUAACUACAGAAAAGCUGUUUACUCUAACUGGGUAUUUUUCAGAUUGGCUGCUGAAUCAUCUUCCAGCCAAAAUGAAAAUCUCUCAGCCAUAUCUACCAGUAAUUACGUCAACGAAUGUUAUAUGAAAAUAUUGCGAGAGUUUCUUUUCUUUACAAAGAAAAUUGAUGACAGUUGCACCAUUUUGAAAGAUCUGAUACCCGUUUUAUCAUCCCCUAAAUACCUGGAACUUUCCUUACAUGACGAGAAUCGAGAGCAAUGGAUACUUCAAGUGUCUGACUUUUCUGGACUUAUUUUGUCUAGUUUGGCCUACAUUUAUGACGUUGCGUUUCUUGAUCAGUUGCUCGAAUUCGUCUUCAAAUUGACAAAUCCGGAGUACUUUCAUGUAGAUAACGUCCAAAUAUCUGAUGCAAUCACCAAGUCAGCCAAGAAAAUAGGCUUGCGAUUGGUUCGAAAACACAAUGGUUUAAAGCUACUUUCAAGCAUGUCCUGGCAACAAGAUUGUGAAACCUACCUUCGAAUUCAUUACCUAAGAUUCAUGAUAUGCUUUCGCAUCUAUAUCUAUUUUCAGCUAGGUGCGGACAUGCAUAAAGAUUCUGCUAUUCUGGCCGACCAAAACCGAUUCAUGUUCAACCUGUUGUCUUCGCAGCAUGUUGACCACCUGUGUUCUCGAGAGUUCCCUGGAUUUGCUAGCAGCGCAUUUGAAUGUAUUCUUAUGCUUCUAAAAAUAGCAAGAUUCAAUCCUACUUGGUCUAUAUUGUCAGCUAACGGCGACAGUUACAAGCAGGUAUCUAACUUUUUGAUAUACGCGAUAAAGUUUUACCAAAAGAGCGGACAAGAUUUAAAAGCUGGGAAACGAUUUACCAAAGAAUUAUCGUAUUAUGUUGAGGCGUUUCAUCAAUUUUCUGACGAAUACAUAAAGGAAGUAGACGCUCGUAUUGAUUUAGAAGAUGAGACUUGGAGUUACCAUCAGGCAACUGAAAGAUUCGCAGAUAUAAAAUCGACUUUGGGUGCUUUAAAAUCCUCGGUUAAGGCUUUUCUUCAGCUCAGAGUUGAAGAGGUUGGUCGUAUGCCUGAUUCUGAAGGGCUUGAGCUACACCUGUGCUCAGAAAUUUCAAGCAUAGCAAAACUGUUUUUUGUCAUCCAGACGCACUCUAAGCUUUCACAUAUUAUGAACGAUCUUGCUGAGCCGGUCAUAUGUCUUUGGCCUCACAUUCAACAAAAGUUUGUAGAUGUACCUCUGUCCGCGACUGAUUCUCGAGCACUGGUUUUGGCGUUUUUUUGCCUAUGCUGCGAGCAUGUUCUUUCUUCUGUUCCCUACCAAGAAAUGGAUGUGUUGUCGCUCUAUCAAAGCCAAAAGCAUCCGAUGAUGAAAAAACUGGUCGAUUUGACUCAAUUCCGGAAUAUUGUUUUGUUCUUAAAGGGUAUACUAGUCUUUCGUGUAGAGCAUCACCCAUCAAUGCCUAUUCCAAAUUCGUUCGUUGAAUUUAUGAAGGCGUUUAAUAGGCUGAUAAGAAUUUUGAAAAAAAGAAACCACGCUAUGAAAAGUGUCCUUCCUGACUCAGUUUUUACAAUCGAGGAAAUUGACUCUAAAAAUUUGAUAGACGAAUCUGAGCCUCAAGCGAUUAUGAGCCUCCAUGUGCCUUUCGUCAUCCCCUUUCUCAAAAGGGUUGCUUUGUUUCACAAGCUCAUAGAACAGGAUAAGCAUAUGUCGUACAAUGGCCUUUACGACGAAUAUUCAGUGCGCGUCAUCUGCAUUCAACGCGGAAAUGGACUUUUGACAGAUGCCUUCAACAAGCUGAAUCCGUUACAAGGACAGCUUAAAGGGCCCAUCAAGAUAGAGUUCAUGAGCGAACAAGGAGUAGCAGAGCCUGGCAUCGAUGGAGGCGGCUUACUUCGUGAAUUCCUCUCAGAAGUGACCAAGUUGGCGUUCUCUCCUGACUACGGUCUUUUUUUGAGUACACCAGAAAAUCAGCUUUAUCCAAACCCAAAAUCUGCUAUUUAUGUAGAAGACCAUAUUAGGAAGUUUACCUUUUUAGGCCGCCUUAUAGGUAAAUGCAUUUACGAGAUGAUUUUGCUCGAAUUGCCCCUAGCACCGUUCUUUUUAAGCUACCUUCUUGGAUAUCCGACGGGUAUAGAGGACCUCAGAUCUCUGGAUUGUGAGUUGUAUCGGGGCGUCAGAAAAAUGCUGGAUGAUCCAAAUGUCAGCGACUUGGGACUUUAUUUUGUAGCGUCAACGGCUUUAGGUGGCGUUCAAGAGCUUGUUUCAGACGGGAGCAAUGUUUCUGUCACCCCCGAGAAUCGCAAUUACUUUGCAAAACGCCUGACCAAAUACAAGCUCGUUUCGUCGAUUCGAGACCAGUCGGAUGCAUUUUUGGAGGGUUUAGCUGACAUCAUCAAGCUUGAAUGGCUUCAGUUAUUCAGUGAAGAAGAACUUAUGAUCGUUUUGUGCGGCGGAGGCCGUCUCGACGUCCAGGAUCUUAAGGCGUACGCUACUUUUGGGAACGGUUUUCAUGCAAAUCAUCAUACUAUCAGGAUGCUUUGGGAGGUCCUAGAAGAGUUUUCUGACGAGCAACAGGAAUUAUUUUUGAAAUUCACGACGUCCGUUUCAAGGCCUCCCGUUCUGGGCUUUGCAACUUUGAACCCUCCUUUUUGCAUUCGUAAAAGCGAAAAUACCACAGAUUUUCUACCCACAGCCAACACCUGCUUUAACAUGCUAAAGCUUCCUCCCUAUAACAGCAAGAGACAACUCAGAGAAAAACUGCUUUACGCAAUAACUUCUGGUGCUAGGUUUGAAUUGAGCUGAAAAAGGCGUUCAGGGUGAGGAACUAUAGACUUUUUUCAUGCUGCAGCGACAAAGCGCUUAUGCCCAGAAGUUGUCAUGGGAGUAUCUCCCCACCUCAUCUCCGGCUCGGAAAAAAGAGCAGUACAAGCUUUUUUCGAGAUGUUUACGAGCCAAGGGUCAUUUUUAGCCGUUUCUCUGUCCCAAAUUAGGGAAGCAAUCGAAUCUUUCUGGCGAGGCGACUCUGUGAGGGCGGUUCCGUCGCUCUGAGUUUGAAGGUGGCAGAGGUCCCCCGUAAACGGUCUUCACAAUUUUACAACAGGUACAGAGGGGGGACACCGUCAAAUAAACACAAGAAUUAUUCGGCUGCGCACAUGUGUCAAAAAAA